GCGGGAUUUGGACUAAGGGAUAAAACGAACGUGAAGAGACAUCGACGAAAUCCACCGCCGUCACCACCGCCACAGCCAGAGGAGGAUGAGGAAGAAGAAGAUGCUGAAGUCGCAGCGCAAGUACGUGCACAAGGAGUAAAGACCUUUAGAUAGGGUUCAGUUUUCAAAUACUGAUUUUGUAUCCGAUUGAAGAUGUUAGGAGUAAAGACCUUUGCCGCAUGUUGUAGGAACGGGCUAUCCUCCAUCAUAAUAUAAGGAACCG